GAUGGUUGAUUUUUAUACCCAGGUACAAUCCCACGCCUGGACAGGCACCUGAUGUCUUCUUCUACCAUGAAUAGCUGGAGAGCUGUCAUAUGAUCUACCAUUUUAUAUCUGUGACGUUAAACCUAACAGAAAAAUGACACAACGUAAAAACUUGGCGCAUAGUCUCUUUACAGCUUUGUUAACCAAUAAAAUCUACCUUAGCGCAUUCAGUAAGUGCACGUAGACUAAAAUGAAUAAUUCAGUCGAUACAUUUAUACUAUAAGGAUAUCAUGGAUUUUCCUCUAAAAAGACUUAACAAUAGCGCUGAUGUGCCAGGAUUGCAGGUCGGAAAACAGAAGAAAGAUUCUUACUUUGGAAGCAAUGACGUACAUGAUAAUUCAGCUUAUUCUUUUGCAAGGGAACCUGAUAAACUGCCAAGGGAUGCGACUAAUGUUGCAGGUCAAAAUGUUAAUAAUCAAAAUAAGAACAUAUGGCCACAGGAAACUAAGAACAAUUUGGAAUUUCAUGACCUUAAUGUGGAUAGGCCUGAACAAAUACUAAGAAGUUCAUCAGAAACAAAGAUAUCAUACGCGGUUAUUAAUGAUUCCCACAUAACACCUGCAGAGGGAAUGAAAAAAGAAAACAGAAAAUCGCCAAGAAAUUUAAGAAUAAUCCAAGCGGUCACCAUCUUUGUUGUGCUUGCUGUUCUAGGACUUAUAGCAUUUUUCAUCAUACGCAAUAUGGUCAGAGAUCGGUCCACUUGCGAUACGCUACCUUCAGUGGAAAAUGGAAACGUUAACUUUACCCAGACGUCAGAUCGGACUGAAGCUACUGUUUAUUGUAAACAAUGCUAUGGAGAAGAUGCAAAUCAGAAACUUACAUGUAAGGAUGACGAGUGGACUCCAGUGAAACCUUGCCGACAAACUGGUUGUGGACCAUUCCCUACCAUUGCGAAUGGAUUUUUAAGCGGAAAGGAACAGACAUUUGGUUCGACGGCCAAGUUGCGAUGCAAUUCUGGGUUCAUGGUAAAUUCAACGACGUACUUCACAUGUCUAUCUAAUGGAACAUGGGACAGUGAUACAGAAUCAACAUGUUUUCUACAUCCAUGCGGGCAGUAUCAUUUGUCUAAGAAUGUUUUGGUCAAGGAAGACUUUAGUCAUGUCAAUAUGUCAAUAGAUGUACAAUGUGAGGACGGAUUUGUCUUUGCAAACGAGAGUGAGACUUACAUAAACUGUAAUAACAAUACAUGGAUAGGAAAUCCGAUAUGUGAAAUUCCAGGUGUAUUAGCAUUAAAGACAAAUAACAGUUCAGUUCUUAUUUCGGGCAAAUCGUUCUCCAUUACCUGCACUCUGAUCCAAUCGCCUAAAUGGGAGACUGUUAUAUUAGCACGAACAGACUUGGCAAAUAACUCGAUCCCAAAUCCAUUACUGACUGUGACUAGUUUUAAUGGUAAUACUACAUCAGACAAACUGCAUGUUACACGUUUCCGAAAGAAUGUUAUCACUUUGCCAGAUGGUGUUAGUGUAAAGUUAACUAUCGACCAAGUACAGUGUGGCGAUACUGGUGUGUACAUCUGUAGCGUUCUUGUUGGAAGCGUUUCGUCACCCAAAGGAAUAAAGAGUUCGAGAAAGCAUUUGAAAGCGAUUGAUACGAGCUCAGAAAUGAUCGGUAUAAUAGCCCCGACAUCUGCGGUCCAGGGUGACGAAAUUGAAGUCAAAUGCAUUGGGAGUAUUGGGCAAGAUGAAAAUGGGACUAAGUUAAGGGAGAUGUUCAUCAGCAUAUACAAGAGCGAGAAUACGGUGGAAAAUGUGCCAUUUGUCAUUGAAUCGUCACAAACUGAAGACUGUCAAACCCAUGAAACUAUUAACUCAACAAUUUUGAUUACAAAUGAUAUGAACGGAGCUGAGUUGCAAUGUUUGAUGGAUGAAGAUAAUGGAAAGAUGCAGAAGAAAAGCAGUAUUUUGAAUGUAAAGACGACAACUGUGAAAGUAUCGACAUCAUCGCCUACAUUUAACAUAGGCAGUACGGCCAACAUGACUUGCGAAUUCAACCAUAUUCGUGGUUGGAGUAGCAUAGAGAUCCGUAAAAACUGUAGUAACACGGAGGUCGUCACUAUUGCCUCUUUACAAAUAACCGGAGUGAAUCGAAUUUCACAAUAG